UUUUAAAACUCAUCACGGCAAUUGGUUGCUAGUCCGGAUUUCUACCACGUUCUAGAUCUGUAGUGCUUAGGUGGGAAGCUAUUUUUGAUACCAUACAUAGUACAUCAAUCCAUAAGUCCCCUUUUGAUGUCCAAUCGAAAAGUUCGCUUGUUUGGACUAAUAUUGACAGUGCAUUAGGCCACAAUGGAGUGCGAUAUUGUGACCAGGAUGAGGAGCUGAAGACUAGGUGCAUGAUUGAUACAACAAGGCUAUGGACCCCAGCUUCAUGGAAGUCUAUUAAAGCAGUGAAAUAUCUUCACGGCGAAGAGUGUCUGGGUUCGUCAUUGAUGCUUGAGUGUUUGCAUCGUCAUCGUCAUUCUGCGCGUCCAUUUUUGAGGCCAUGGCUCAUUAUGAAGUGCCGACAUGGUCACCCCAGCCAACUGACGCCGCAUCAUCACAACAAGACAUAUCCGAACAAUCGUUCGAUCAUCAGCAUUGGCACGAUCAACAGGUCCAGCAUGGUCGUAUGGCCGAAACUAGUGUCGAGAAGAGUAUGGGAGUUGAAACGAUGGCGGUAAACGACCAAUCUGUGGCAGCAGCCUCGCCAAACCCCACAAAGCAAGUUGUGCACAAAAAAUGGUGGCAACUGACGAAGACCGCGGAGGAGAAGCUGUUCAAUAAUUUGAAUGAUCAGUUUAGUGGCAAGCGAGGCUGGAACGGCCAUUUCUAUUACAAACCACGCAAGCCUGACGAGGAGCACCAGGAUCACGCCGCCCUUGCCGAACUUCACUAUGGAGGGUCGUUGAGGAAGGACGAGGAAGGCAAAUUUGAAUAUCGAAAUCAAUUCGGACAGAAAAGCGCCAAAUAUAGCGACGUAGCGGUAUAUCUAUCCCCAACCAACUACGUCCCUAAACGGCUCAUCGUUCAGGCGACCGAUUACGUAUUACAACACAAUCUUGCAGUGGGAGAUUGGAGACGACGAAAGAUGACUGGUGAUGUCCCAAUUGCGUUACGUCUUGCAGAAUGGGCUUUGGACCCGGUGGAGAAGAAGGGUUGGUGGAGGAGGAUUGAUGGCACUUUGCGGGUCCUUGUUGUUUGUGUACCUUUGCAGAUAUGCCUGUCAUUGCCUUUGACAAACUCAUGGGAGAAUGAGGACACUUUCGAUACCUAUACCGACUUUCCAGGCUAUCACUGGCAGUGGCCAAAACAUGCGAUCAACCCAUUGGAUCAGAAACCCCUCCCCAACAAUACCAUCAUCGCACCCGAGCGUCUUUCCAGCCGGCGACGACUUAUUCGACCACGCCAACUAGUUGUGCAACAACGCGAUGGGAGCUGGCAAGUCGAAGCAUCAGCUCCUGCAGGUCUACAAUAUGUGUUCAUCAGCUUCGCUGAUAAGGCUUUUAGUUCAGAAAGUGGCCGGUUACUGAUACAGCGCAUGGCAGCAUGUGCUGCACUCGAAGCUGGCUGCACAGCUUACUGGCUUGACUUCCUGUGUAGAGCUGAGUAUGCGGGCGACCUUUUGGACUCAGAUGUUUAUCGCAUGUGUGAUGUCAUUCGUGGUAGCAGUCGCGUCGUAGUGAUGCUCCCGGAUGCUCAUAUUGCAAGCAAGAAGAAUUGGGGCUCUCGCAUGUGGACAUUACCAGAGGCACUCCUAGCCCCUGAGAACCGAUGCUAUUUCUCCCAUCCUGAUGGCGAAGGUCAAAUGACACACUCUAUGACCUUGGUUGAAAUGACAGCCGAAGUUUGGGAAGACCCUGUUGAUUCAGAGGAGGACGGAGGUCCGACCCGCCUGCUGGCCGAACAUUAUACCAACUUACUCACUUUGAGCCGUUUGGAGCUCUUCUCUACAGCCCUUGACGCCUUGUGGCGUCGCGCCGAGGUGAAUUACAACUUCUUCACGCCAAAUGAUGUUACAUAUGCUCUGAUGGGUCUUUUGCAUUACCGUAUCAAUCGCGACGACACUGAUACGGAGUUUCAAUCAAUCGCCCAAUUAUCCUUGGGUAAUGACAGCGACAGAAUUGUUGAGCGUAUGGUGUCAUUGUAUCCUAAGCCGGAUGUUAGCAUCUCCAAUCCGUUCCGGAAUCUUGCAACCAAGGAUCUUUUUAAAACCCACCUCUGGGAUAUCGAGCCAACAUGUCAGGUCGUUGGUGUCGCACAUGAGAACAAUACAGUUCUGUUAGACUCGUGUCGCGCAAUGCACAUCCGCUGGAAAGGCUUUCCGCGGCCUGUGGUGGCUCGGGAUAUGGGUUUUCGCCGAUUCCUUGCGACAGUUUUCGUCACAGCUAGUACAUGGUGGUUGAUCCAAGGCAUUGGCCUGGCUAUCUACUAUGCACCGUUUUAUUCCAGCAGUCGUGACGAUGAUAUCAAACUUGUCAUCAAAUGGAUGGUCGCGGGCUUUGUAUUCGUCGCUAUUGCGCUAAGCGCAUUUGGGCCGUUUUCUGUGCGGCGGCUAUACGGUGGACAGGUGCUGCAAAGCGCCAGCAAUCUGGUUGCCUUUGAAGGUGUGAUGCCCAUCGCCAAGCUCGAACGGCUGAUAUUUGGCAACGACAACUCGCGGCUUUCAUACGAAGCAUCAUCUACGCCCUUCAGCGAACACUUCCGCCACCCAAGCCGUCGUGUCGGCUUCGAGCCCAAUUGGAUCCGCAACGAAACACCAGAACUCACGAAACCCAACCUGCCUAAAGGCCAUAAAUUGUUCACCCUUGUCGAUACUGGAGAGUUGACUGUUAGCAUCUUCAGUGCCGAGCGACCUCCCACAGUCGCGCUUCUUUGCGGCAGGGAAGGUGGCAUGCUUCGGGCUGUUCUCUGUAGCUGGCAGUUCGAAAAUGACUGCCUCUAUAAAGAGACCGUCGUUCGUAUGCCCACCAAUGUGUGGGAGUCGGCUACACCGAAAGGUUGGCUGAAAGUCUGCCUCGGAUCGCUGGACCAGGAAAGAGAGGGUGAGCGAGUAGAGCGAUUGAAACGGGAACGGGAUGCAAAUGGAGCAGGCAAGUGAGUGCUUUUCUACAUAAUGAUAAUAGAAACUUUAAUCCAUCUUCUCUUUUGACCUUGAUGGUUAUUUUUUUCUUGUGAUCUGCUGAAUAGUGACUCGACGUAUAUGCCAAUCUUGCAUUACUAGAUGCCUAGAUGCCUAGACCUUUUUGUAUAGCAUGUAACUCAUGCAGCCCUUGUCAAUUAUGACCUGAG